GGAUAGAGAGAGAAUUAAAGAAGUGUCUUUACUGCCACAAAACCACGAAGGGAACCCGUGGCGCUUGCGUCCAGUGCUCCUUUGAGAACUGUUCCACCUCCUUCCACGUGACUUGUGCACAUAUCGCCGGGGUGCUCAUGAAGCCGGCUGAUUGGCCAUAUGUGGUGUCCAUCACCUGUCAUAAGCAUAAGCUGACCAGUCAGAAGUCACGAACACGAUCCCGGGAGCUAUCCUUGGGCCAAGAGGUGAUUGGGCGGCACAGUAACGGCAGGUACUACCCCUGCACCAUUAUCGGCCGGGCCGAACAGACGUUCUAUGAGGUCAACUAUGACGAUGGCUCCUACUCCAAUAACCUCUACCCUGAGAAUGUCGCUAGCCAAGACUGUCUCCAUGAUGGAGCCCCUGAGAUCGGAGAACUCAUCCUGGUCUACUCUAUAGAUGGUAGUGUUUUGAAUGCCUCCUUUGUGAGGGAGCAUAUCCACAAGUUCUAUCAGGUGGAGUUUCACGACCACACACAGAUGACCCUGAAGCGCGCCGACCUGCACAGCAUGGAGCAGGAGCUGCCCAAGAGGGUGAAGGCUCGCAUGUCCUUGGGUGAUGCCGUCCAGCAGCCACCUGCCAUCUGGGAGGGUGAGGCCCAGUCAGCCAAGCGGCCCCGUCUGCCCGCCCCCCCACUGGCUCCGGCCACCCCCCUGCACCCCUUGGACUCCGCUGCCCCACACACCUCCUUGGAGUCCAGCUUAGCCCUGGCCGUCGCCCCCAGCACUCUGGACUCCCCAGUUUUCACUACAGCCCCCUCUCUUGCCCUGCCUCCCACCCCCGCUCCCGUUUUCGGCAGUUUCCCUGACCCCACCCUGACUAGCUCCUCCCCCUGCCCCCCCUGGCCUUUUUCUGCUGCGGCCAGCUAUGCGUCCUUCAUGCAUUCCCACCCACAGGGGCACUAUCCUCGGGAUGACGACUCCAGCCCCAUGCUCUAAAUUUCGGAGCCUCAGAGCGCCCCCUGUCUGCAGGCCAGACGGCUUCCUGACGCCGAAGCAGACGGCUGUCGCCUGUCAGGAGGCACGUUUUAUUCAAUGUCUCUGUUGCUAUUGGUCGUUCCUCGUCUGACACCCCCCAAAGUGAUAAGCUGAGCCCUGCCUGCGUGUCCUUUUACGGAACUGCUUCCAGACUCCUCCCCUUUUCCACUUAUGACAUCACUAACAAAUCGAGACGGACACAUUUCGUUUGUGACCUGCUAGCAUUAACUGUUUUAUCAUGGAAAAAAAUGAAGAAAAACAAAGGAAAACAGUAAAAACAGAAUUUAUUAGUCCGUGUACAGUUUCAGUAAUGUAUUUUUUGCGUGAGCCUUUUUUAGGUGUAUUUGGGGGGAUUAAACAAAUAUGAAAUAUUCUUGGCUCAGUAUAAAUGAAAUAUUUGUACAAAGGAAAAGAUUUUUUUGUGAAGCGAUAUUACGGAUUGUGUAGAGACACUCUCGUGAUGUGAUACUGGCUGUAUUAUCCCCCGUUUAAAAUGGGUAUAUACCGUUUUUUAAGUUCAGUUUCACUCCGACACCAGUGUAGGACAUAUGGGCUGAGACCGUUGUCAUCCUGUAAUGGAAUGGGAGACAUGAGCCUCUUUGGCAAGGUGCUAUCAUGACCUGUGCUCAGCUGUAUGCAGUGAUGUUUUUUUGUGUUCUUUGGUUUCAGUAGCAUAUUUAUUUAAUAGUAAAAUACUGUAUGAUGAGAGAUGACAGCACUUCAUCCGCAUCAGGGGUGGUUACACUCUGCCUGUUGGGCUCCAGUUUGGCUGCCGGUAUCGUGUCUUUAUUUAUUUCGUUUUUGCCUAACUCUCGUCAUCUUUGCGUUCUCCUUGAUGGACUGGCUCACAGUUUGCCCUCUACCCCCC